ACUUAUGAAAGGGAAAGUGAAAUCGUAGAGGGAAGGGGAAAAAUUUACGAAAAAAGAUGGUGGAGCUGUUCUGCUUUCGUCCAUUUACUAUCAACAUACUUCAACCGAAAAGUGACAGUGUCCCAAAACCGCGCAGUGGACAUCGAAUCGUCGCCUCGGGUGGCAAUGUUUAUGCAUUCGGAGGGUAUAAUCCAGAAAAUGAAGGUGACGACCCUAACAGCUUUCUUUUCAAAGAGCUGUGGCACUUCAAUACAGAUUCCAAACGGUGGACAAACCUUGACAUGACCGGGGAUAUCCCUUCGGAGUUGGCAUCUCAUGCAGCGCUUUUGCGGGGGGACACCCUGCUGGUGUACGGGGGUACGGCAGUCCCAUUUGGUGAACGUAUCUCGAACAAGCUCUACGCCUGCAAUCUCCGGACCUGCAGGUGGACCUUGCUUCCGGCCGAGGGCGACUUCCCUGAAGAGCAGUACGGACAGGCAAUGUGUUUACAUAAUGGAGCUCUGUAUGUGGUUGGGGGAACCACGGGGUUUGAAUAUUCUAUGGACGUCCAUCGGUUGUCUCUUCCGGACCUCACUUGGAAGAGGUUACACACUCUUCAGGAGCCAAAGAGUAGGUACCGUCACGAGCUCGUUUCCUACAGUGAUAUGAUUUACGUCUUAGGCGGUGGAACGGCACGGACAAGUCUCACGUUACACAAAGUCCCUGCAUUUAAUACAAAGCUGGAGUGUUGGGAGACAGUACCGACCAAUCCAGAUCAAACCCAUGGCUAUCCUACCAAGCGUCGAUGCCACGGCUGUGUACAGUAUAAAUCAAAAGCAUACAUUUGUGGUGGCCACGAUGGCAAUGGCGUACUAGAUGACGUGUGGGAACUUGACCUUCAGACAUUGCAUUGGACAAGGCUACAAGCACAAUUACCCAAGUCUGUUUACUUCCACUCAGGAGCUGUCUCGGAGACGGGGCAGAUGUUCGUGUUCGGCGGGGUGACGUCGUCCAACGGGAGCUCCCGGUGCAAUACGCUGUGGUCCAUGUGGGUCACGGUGCCUCCCUUGCUGGAGAUGGCGUGGCUGUCUCUGCUCCACUACUGCCCCCAGCUGGCAAACACGCCGGCGACGGUCCUCACGCAGGCUGGAGUGCCAAGGGCCCUCGUGCAGAGGUUACUCUCCUAGUAACUCCUCCCGUGUCGUGUGCUCCAGGACUUUUACUGUUGAAGCUGGAUCUCGAACAGACUCGCUGCACGGGAGUUCUCUCUCUCGCCACUUUUUACCGGCGAAAUCUCGACGGUACGGUUCUUGUGAUGCGGCAAAACAAACGUGAAAUCUCUGGCAGGGAAAACCCGUAUAUACGCCAGUAUUGGUCGAGGAAUGGGGGAAAGGUGCUGUCGGGAUUGGCUGGCUACGGUGGUUGGACGAGAAAAAAAAAAUUUAAUCUGGUGUUCCAUCAUUAUUUAUUUGAUUUUUUUUUUUGUUACAUGUUCGUUGCGUUCUUAAAACUUCACAUCCAUAGCUGGCCUCCUUCAUUUUGCUCUCAUAACCAGUCGUCCCCCCCCACUGAUGCAUGUUGGACUACAGUUUUGAACCAUGCGGAGCAAAAGGUACCUAAAAAUUGUGCCACGUUGAAUUACCGUCGACGGCUGCAGUGAACGCUCUGCAACGAGAUAGAAGAUGCUGCAUUCUGUCGGAUCAUCUGAUGUGUAGACAACACAUGUCAUGGUGAAGUUGCUUUGGUCCAGUGGAGUUUGGAGGGAGGAGGAGUUGCAUUGUUUGUCAGUGCAUUCCGCCGUUGUUGCUUAGGGUGUUACAGUGAACGUGCACCGUAACAGAAAACAUGCAAUGGCUAUUAGCCUUAAGAAACUACUUGUGGCACUGCGUUGGCUUCACUUGAAUAGAAAAGUGAGACCGGUUGGUUUUAAAUCUAGAUGGGACAAUUAAAAAAAUUUCAGAAUCCACGAAUCUUUCGAAUCCUUUCUUUAAAAAAAAAAAGAGUUCAAAAAGCCAGGGAAAAAAAAAACACUUCUACUGAAAAGUGUUUUGAAGCACAAUUUGAUCUUUUUGUUUAAUGAAAAACAAGUUAAAUAAUAGUUCACUUUCAGGAGAAAACAUAGUCGUAUAUUUCUUCUUAAAUGUAAUGUAAUCCAUUUAACGUGUUGUUCAUCGAGCGCAGGAAAUGCAUGAACACUCGAGUCUGAAUUCUUUCCAUAAAACUAAGAAAUAAUGAAAAGCAAAACCUUGUUACUUUUAAACUUGUAAUGUAAGAGUUCCUGCCUGAAGCCAUCCAGAGCAAUGUUAACAAACAAACGCAAUGAAAACACGGCUGAAAUUUUUAAAUCAAUGGGCCCGCCGGCAAAUCAGGCUUUCAGCGGACCACGGAGGCACCAAUUUUAAAAUGAAACGAGCAAAUGUGAUUGGUCGAUUCGAAAGAUUCGAGUCGCCCUAUCGGGCACUGGGAUUAGGAUUCCCAAAUCUCGAAUACCUGCCUAGCAGUUGGGGAUUGACGGAUUCCGUUGGCUCAUCCCUAAUUUUAACUAAAUGAUUCUUUGCUAUUUUGUAGUUUUUUGUUGUUGUUUUUUUUAUCUUUGAUGGAAACCCAUAAUUUUGUCUCUCUUUUUUUUUCGUACAAUGCGCGAAUUGGCCCUACUGUCACAUUUCGCAUUAGAGACGAAUUUAGUGAAUAUUUUUGUAUUUAAGUAAACAAAUUUGAAUCUUAUUCGAGUGCCAGGUAAUCUCAGAGUCUUUCAAAUGGUGAUAUUGCAUUAUGCGGGAUUGUGUCAUCCAGAUUCCCGCAACUUGUAUUGUUCUAGUGCAAGAAGCUGGAUGAGGAAACAAAACGAGAAAAAUGACUUGUAAUCCUCAUCCUUCCUCACCUUUCCUCAUCCUUCAUUGCGGUUAAGGAUAGGGGCUACAAUUGGUGCUGUGAAGAGUCUGACUGUUGCUCUCUCGUAAUUUACGUACCAGUUGAUGAAUCGGAACUUGUCAUAGCAGCGUUUUGAAAGACAUUAUGAGAUGUUUUUCUAUUUUUUUUUUUCCAGAAAGAGGGUGCUACUGUUCCACUGUUUUUAAAGUUUUGGGGUACAAUUUUUGUUUGCAACGAGAGUAUGAUUAUCUGUGAAGACCCCAUUCUGGGAAGCUUCUGCCGUGAGACGGUUCCUUCCGCUGCACCGCAAAAAAUUCCUCAACGCUCUCAACGACCAAUAUUGUCAACUGCUACUUGCUCAUGCUUGCAAGUUUCUCAUAGGCUAUAAGGUUUCAGAUCACACCACAUAUUAAAGUUUUUUUGUUUUUUGUGAACGCUUCGCUCUCUUUUAUGGUUAUAACAACAUAGUUUCUCAAUAUCAAGCCCAGUUGUCACGUACGGGCUGUCAUUUUGUCCUCGACAGCCAGAGAAAAUAAAUUGUUACAUGAAGCCAGGUU